CCAGCUAGCCAGCAAGCGCGUUGGUAGUAGCUCACGUUAUUUUUUUGCAUUGUAUCAACGUGUAAUUAGUCGAACGGAUAAACGAGGACGACUUUAGCUAGUAUGAUACUGUAACUCUUUCGUGAGGCGGUUUUGGGCCCGAAUCGGCAGAAGGUUAGCUCGUAAGCUAGCUUCAAAUUGAUGAAUGUAUGUUAGCGGUAGGUGUUAGCUAGCGAGCUGGCGAGCUAGCCAAAUAACAUUAACACAAGCUAGUUAACGCUAGAUAGCGUAUCACAGUUUAGGUAGAUAAAGCCCCUCACAUACCGUCUUCUGCCACCGGGGUUAACACUACUGCGCGGAGAAAUCACGGUUGCUGAGCGUGGGCUGCUUUGGAUCAACAGUAAUUUCACCUUGUCACUUCUGCUUGCAAAGGAAUAGAGGAUACAACUGGAAAGCCUCCCCAAGGUUGAAACCUAAGGAGCAAGAUGUCAAUCACAAACACUCCCACAAGUAACGAUGCCUGCCUGAGCAUUGUGCAUAGCCUCAUGUGCCACCGGCAGGGAGGAGAGAGUGAAAGCUUCGCCAAGCGAGCCAUCGAGAGUCUUGUCAAGAAGCUGAAGGAGAAGAAAGAUGAGCUGGAUUCCCUCAUCACAGCCAUCACUACAAAUGGAGCUCAUCCUAGCAAGUGUGUAACCAUCCAGCGAACUUUGGAUGGACGCCUACAGGUUGCAGGACGUAAAGGUUUUCCCCAUGUUGUCUAUGCACGACUGUGGCGAUGGCCAGAUUUACACAAGAAUGAGUUGAAACACGUAAAAUACUGCCAGUAUGCCUUUGACCUGAAAUGUGACAAUGUUUGUGUCAACCCAUACCACUACGAGAGGGUUGUCUCUCCAGGAAUUGACUUAUCAGGACUCAGCAUCACAAAUCCAGGUCCACUCUUGGUAAAGGACGAAUAUGACUACGAUAACCAGCAAUCUCACUCCAGCUCUGAAAGCCACCUGCAGACAAUCCAGCAUCCACCAUCAAGGCCGGGUCCACAGGAGACGUUCAGCAGCCCCGCUCUUCUACCCCCAUCGGAGGGCAGCAGUUCAGCUUCAACUUCUGCUUUCUCUACCAUCAGUGCUGGACCUUCAAAUCCUCCCCCCAACUGGAGCAGAGGCAGCAGCUUCACUCCUGCAGUGCCUCAACACCAGAAUGGGCAUCUACAGCAUCAUCCACCCAUGCCUCACACAGGACAUUACUGGCCUGUUACCAAUGAAAUUGCAUUCCAGCCCCCUAUAUCCAAUCAUCCUGCUCCAGAAUACUGGUGUUCCAUUGCAUACUUUGAGAUGGAUGUCCAGGUCGGGGAGACGUUUAAGGUGCCGUCCACAUGUCCGAUAGUGACUGUGGAUGGAUAUGUGGAUCCAUCAGGAGGGGAUCGCUUCUGCUUGGGUCAGCUGAGCAAUGUCCACAGGACGGAGAACAUCGAGAGAGCCAGGCUUCACAUUGGCAAAGGCGUGCAGCUGGAGUGUAAAGGUGAAGGAGACGUCUGGGUGCGUUGUUUGAGCGAUCAUGCAGUGUUUGUGCAGAGCUAUUAUCUGGACCGGGAGGCAGGACGUGCUCCUGGUGAUGCAGUUCACAAGAUCUACCCCAGUGCUUACAUCAAGGUGUUCGACUUGCGUCAGUGCCACCGGCAGAUGCAGCAGCAGGCAGCGACGGCUCAGGCAGCAGCUGCAGCUCAGGCGGCAGCGGUGGCUGGGAACAUUCCUGGACCCGGCUCUGUGGGAGGCAUCGCUCCUGCCAUCAGUUUGUCUGCUGCUGCAGGCAUUGGGGUUGACGACCUGCGCAGGCUGUGCAUCCUGCGGAUGAGCUUCGUGAAGGGCUGGGGGCCGGACUACCCACGGCAAAGCAUCAAAGAGACGCCCUGCUGGAUUGAGAUCCAUUUACACCGAGCUCUACAACUGCUGGAUGAAGUUCUGCACACCAUGCCCAUAGCUGACCCUCAACCUCUUGACUGAGUUAAAAGACAUGAACUGUACAAAAAAUGAGAAAAGAACAAAAAAAAAAUAAAUAAAAAAUCAGUCUGUACUUUUAGCAGACCACUCCACCUGUAGGCCUGGAGCGCUGAAGGAGGACUGCAAACACAGGGAUGCUGAGUAGGUUGUAGGAGUACGAACAAGGACAUAAAUGCAUAAAGGCAGUAUACUCCAAACACUUUCAAAUGCUGGUUUGCUGAGCGACACUAAAGGUCUGUAAGUUCGGUGGCUUCUAAACAACAGCUGGAGGAACAUGUGAGUCACUGGAAACAUGCUGGCGAGAGGGUGAAAUAGGAAGCCAGUAUUCUGACAUUGUUCACUGUUUGGAACUGCAUAACAACACAAAGUGAACAAAGCCUGUGUCUGUCAAUUGGCAAGCUUGCUACAAAAGUACUCAAUACUCUAAUAUGAAUUAAAUAACUGCGGUUUAAAGAGGCAAUGAUCACUUCAUUAGUCCCAGUGCUUUCGGAAACAAACAGAUCACCUGAAGAGAGCGUAGGAUGUCAAACAAUAAAUUAUUCCUUCUUUUUCAGUGUGGAUAUUUGCAUAUUUUUAAACUAUUUGGCUUCAAAACAGUGAAGUUGAGCAUAAUGUGGCACAUUGUAUUGGAUGCAAACCUGUUCUUCACCGUGUCUGUAAAUCCUAAAUGUGAUUUCAGCUGGAAUACUGCUGGUCCAGUCCUCCUUAGUUAGUUUCUCUGUGGCUGAAGCAGCUUCAUGUAAGUGGAGUUAUUUCCCAUUCACAGAUCAGGACAUUUAUGUAAAAUCAUGGUAUACAUUACUCAUGUUCUUGUAAAAUGUAAUCUUAAAAUAUUUUUCAAUGCCGACAGUCCUUGUUUGAUGUUUUUUUGAUUUGUAUUUUCCUUUUAAAUAGUUUUUAUUGACAGAAAGAGCAUUUGAAAAGCCGGUUAUAGCUGAACGCGGCUUCUUUUGCAACACCAUAAAACUUCCAUUAUUCCAUGACCAGUCAAGGCUUCUGUUACAUUGAGAAGUGAUGUUUUGUACAGAGAAUUUUCAAACCCCAGCAUUGAAAUGAUAAAAUAAGCCCCCUUCCCCCCACAAAAAACUAUAACACCUGCGUGAAUAUUAUCUUAUUGUCAUUUUUUUUUGAUUAGAUGCCCACAUAGUGUCCAUUAGCACUUUAUUCAUUUGGAUUUUGUCUCCUUUCAUAGUCUCAUUUGUGGCUACUUGUUGUAUCCAUAUAAUCUCUUAGCAUAGUUGAUAAGUUUUUUUUCUUGCUAAUGACCUUGUUGAAAUCAUUGAAAAAUGUGGUUCAGCGUGCUGUCGGCCCAAAAUCUGUUUUCAAUAUCAAGUUUGAAAGGUGUGUUUUGACCCGUCUUUGAUACUGAUGAGACAUUUUGGGUGGAGUAUCACUUUUUAAGAUGACAGCCACCCACUUUUAAUUUGAGAAUAACUUGGAUGAUAAUUAUUCUAGACAACAGCUGAGUAAGCGAGGAAAGAACUGUGAGAGGAAGCGUAAGCCAUAUUGAUGCCAAAUAUACGCGACGAAAAGUGCAAAGGUUAUCAGACUGCAGUAUUACGUUGCUCGUCAAAGCUUGGUUUUAAUUAUCGGAUCCAUUUUUUGUUUUUGCUCAGCACUAUUGAUCAAACAAUAUUUUGGUAUUUGGAGCUCUGUUUACCUACAGCUGUUGCAGUAUUUUAUACUCUUUUUGCUACCUUUACAGUGAUGAACCAUUCUGGUCAUAAUCAAAAGAUUAUUAAAAAGAAAACUAAAGAAGAAUGCUGUACAAUUUUCAGGAAAUGCAAGUUCAUGCUCAUCUUAAUCUUUACAAGUAUGUCAUACAAUCUCAAUACAUACGGAGUUUGAAUGAUAUUGGUGUUUAUAUGUAUGAAUAUGGUUGAAUAAAAUUUAAUGGGCUAACCUUA